ACUCGUCCUCCACUCAUUCUACGGCACUUAUGGAUCAAUACAUAGCCAUGGCUGAGACUAAAGUGUUGGAAGAGUUGGUGAAGCUAGCGCAUCGUCGAGGUCUACGAGGAGAAAAUGGAGAUUGGAAUGAUUUUGUUGUAUCUUACAAAGAAAGAUUUAUAUCACCAAAUGCACCUUUGAGAAGUCCCCGUGACGUGAUGGUCACUUUUCUCUCAGCCUUUAAGAAGAAGGAAGAUUUGCAGAUUCUGCUUUCUCACGCCAAUCGUCAUCUGGUUGUAAAGUUGAAGCAGGAGACUCCGGACACUCCUGAGCAGAAGCUAGUUCGACUGACCAUGGAGCAUCCGGAAUACUCAGUAGACUAUUCAUUCAUCUUGAAUAAGCAGGACUGGUUUGUAUCCGAUGUUGGAAUGAAGAUGUCAAAUGUGAUGAAAUCAACCGAAAUGAUAGCUGUUGAUUGUGAGAUGGUUCUUUGUGAAGAUGGUACUGAAGGUUUGGUUAGAGUUGGUGCUGUAGACCGUGAUUUUAAGGUGAUUCUUGACAAAUUUGUGAAACCAGACAAACCUAUUGUUGACUAUAGGACAACUAUUACAGGAGUUACUGCAGAUGAUAUAGAAAAUGCUACCUUCUCUUUGGUAGAUAUUCAGAAAGAAUUGCAGCCCUUUCUUUCAAAGGGUACUAUUUUGGUAGGUCACAGUUUGAGCAAAGAUUUGAAAGUGCUGAAGAUAGAUCAUCCCAAAGUAAUCGAUACAGCACUUGUUUUUAAGUUUUCCAAUGCAAGAAACUCCCGAAAACCUUCACUUAAUGACCUUUGCAAGGCUAUUUUUGGUAACGAAGUCCGAAAGGAAGGUGUUUCUCAUGAUUGUGUUCACGACGCAGCGGCUGCUAUGAAACUUGCGAUUGCUUUUAUAGAGAAAAGAGUUGACACAACUGUUUCACCAUCUAAAGAGAUGCUCGAGGCUGAGAAAGCAAGGCUGUUUCUUCAUGGAAUCCCUCGCAAUGUGACACCUCAAAAACUGAACCUUGUUCUCGCUGGAAAGUUUCAUUCCAACAAGUUUAUAGUUGAUGUUAAGCCACCAAAAGGACUGAGUUGUUACUAUUGCGCAGUUGUUGUCUUCGAGAGUUCUGAAGAAGCUAACAAAGCUUUUGAAAACGUUGAUGGAAAUGAAGAGACGGAUUCAUUGGGUUUGCCACAAAAAGUGAUCUUUCUUAGCCUGGGAGCUUAUUUUAAAGUCCGUAAAAUGGUUUAAGAUAAAUGAUGUAUCCUA